AUGAAUAAAUUAUCUAUAUUAAUUUUUAUCAUCACAGUAAUUACAUAUGUUCAUGCCGUCGCUGUGGAUGUUAAUAAAUUAUAUACUCGCAACGAUGGCGAUCCGAUAAUUGCUACGGUAGAAAAUGAACAAGUAUUCUGUACCUUUCUUCCACGAAAAGCUGGCGAAGAGAUUGGUGCAAGUGAAGAUGACGCUAUUGCAUUCUGUUCCGUUCAAUCCGUCAAUGCUCCCAAUGCUGGUUUAUUUCCAGAAGGCCUCGUCCGAACAAUGCAUUUUGAACAAGGUGAUAAUUACGUUCAAAUCACUGGAACCAUUGAUUCAAGUAAAUACGUGGUCUUAACCGACACUGGCGGUCAAUAUGACCCCAAGGCUCCUCAGGGUGCAUCCUGUCACGGAUAUGACACUUUCGUGAACCUUGUCGAGCCUAACCUCGGUGACGAAAAAAAUCCUUCUGGCAUUGGUCAUUUCUGCAUUCGUUGUUGCAAUGGUCCUGAUGCCGAUUCUUUGUGUCCUCUUAACAGAAGUACUGAUGGUUGUGAGCAGAUUAUUCAAGGAGAUUAUAGCUAA